ACGGGUCCAUACCGGAAUUUUCCAAUCGCUAUUUGACCACCAUUACAUUCGUUGGACUCGACUCGCGGAACGGACGCGUUGCCCUCCGCGUCUGUCCGUCUAAAGUUAGUGGUUGUACUGUUAUUAUCUUAAUGAUGUUUUGAUUCCGGUUUCUGGUCGAACGAAUGCCUUCUCCCUAAUGUAUAGUCCAUUGUGGAAAACGAAGCUAUUAGCAAUUGCCUGUGCUCCACAUCAGCUGCGGUGGCAUCAGGUGCGUCAAAUUGUAUCGAUUCGUCAAAAGGUCGCCGGUCGACCUGAAACAAAGACCUUCAAAACCUACUUGAAUCAACGAAGCAGAAGGGACAAUCCACGGGACACCGCGAACCUAAGUAUAACACCUAGUCAGAUUAGCCAUGGCACACUGCAGUCGUCGGAAGCAUGAUCGGGAUGUUGAAAAAAACCCUUUAUUGGAUAAACAUCAUCAUUCGGAGAAGAACCAGCGCAGGAGACAGAACGAUCUGUAUGGCCUAAUGGCAGGCGGAGAUAAUCACCGUCAUGAAUUUAGGAGUCCCGGUAUCGUGCCGAUAGAGGCCGUACCCCUUGAUCAUCCAUCGCUAUUUUCGCCGGUGAUUGGUUCGGACGGCGUCGUAUCUUUAUUCCUUCAACACGACAUAAUGGUACAGCUGCACCCCUCUGGCGCCGUUCGUGUGGUACAUCGCCGCAGUGGAGCAACUGCGGGCAUAGCUUCAUCCGCAGCCAACAAUGCUUUAUACGCUGAACAUCCUUGCGUUGCCAAAAUGGAAUACUGUACUGAUGUGGUCUCUCUAGCUCUUGAACAGGUCAUGCGCGCCGAUGUAUUUGCAAAAAUCACUAAGAGAGGUUGUUUAUUUACGACAAUAAAUCACGGGCUCGUUUACCUAGUUGACAGCUCUGGCGUGAAGUCAACGACAGAGUCGUUUGUUAUACUUAACAAUGAGACAACUAAACGAUAUUUCUAUAGCGGGGCCAACUACACGCCAUCCGAUGAAGAUUUCGCCGAGUGUGAGUCGCUGAUUUCGCUAUCGCGUAACUACACAACGAAUGUCGGUACUAUAGUGUGGGUGAUUGGCGGUGUUCGUGUAAAGCAAAGUACCGAUGGGGCGGUAAAUGUCCAUGUUGUGUCUAAGAGACCAGGAUCCGCCGCAGUUGGACUUGCUGGCGGGGGCGGCGGCAGCGUGGGAGGCCAGAUCACAGCAGAGAAUCCAUCCGCCUCUGGGGCCGUGGGGGCCAGCAGCAGCAGCAAUGGAAGCGGUAGCGCCACUAGCAGCGCCAGUAGCAGCUGUGGCAGUGCAGGUAGAAAUGCAAGUCUUAUCGGCGCUUCAGUACAGUCAUCCGCCAUUCCAGGGGCGGAAGCCGGGUCGAUUGGUGGGCAACGGGUUUCAUUAACGGUAAUGCCCAACGGCGAUAUUAAUUUGAAAAGAGGCGAUGACCUUACUGUGAGUAUGCGGUGUCCCGUAGGAUCGAUGCUAGCAGGAACAGAAUCGUCGUUUAAGCUGUUGGACUUGUCGCGUGACCGCGCGCGUCUCACUUGCGAUCGACGGGGCUUCCAUGCGCGUAACGGCUCGCACGUUGCUGGGUUUGAUAACGAGAUGCGCUUCCGACUCGAAUAACGAUAUCGAAAUAGCGACGGGGCUGAAUUAUUAUUAGCUGGUCGCUUUCUUUUUUUGCCAUGGAAUUCAUAAUUUGUCUACAGAACAGAAACAAAAAAAAAAACUCUCGUCGCUAUUCGAAAUCUAUUCUACACACUGUGGAAUGGCUGGGAACAUAUCAUCAAGCACACAAGAAAAAGCCGUUGAAUCCCGUCCUCCGUCCGUCUAAUAGUGAAUAGGCCGCUAUUAGUAGCAUGUCGAAAACUCUGGUCAUCGACUGAAGCAUGCGAAGGCUAACUCCAACGACACACGCAAUUACGAAUUUGUGGUGCCAAUAGUGACCGAUGAUCAUAAAUUUAUAUCUUGCGCACGAGAUUCAAAAGAUUGAAAAAUAUUUUUACGAAAAUGUAAAACUGGAAGAAAAUAGAUAGCCAGAUCAGAAUUAAAGCUUGCACUUUAACAGCAUUCGAAAG